CUUUGUACAGUAAGAGUCUACUAAAGACCACUAGAAGUCUACAUGAAUAAUAUUUCUUAGCAAAAGCUAAUUUUUGAGCUAUUUUCUUGAUUUGUGUCUAUUUCAAUUAUCUUAUUCAGUGAAUUUUCAAUUUCUUGGAUUAUCCUUACAGAUUUUUAAAGGUGUCGUCAAAAUGAGUUCUGGAGAUGAAGACGAUCAAGAUUACAGCCGUGAAGAGGAAUUAGACGAUCAAGCUGACGAGGAAGAAGAGGAGGAAGAAGAAGAUGAAGCAGAGUAUGAUGAAGAAGAGGAAGACGAAGAGGAAGAAAUGGGUAGAAAGAGGCCGAAAAAGAAACCUCGUCAUGGUGGUUUCAUUUUGGAUGAGGCUGAAGUUGACGAUGAAGUUGAAGAAGAUGAAGAGUGGGAAGAUGGAGCAGAGGAUAUCAUUGAUCGAAACAAAGCUGGAGAAUCCAGCUCAUCUCGUGAGCUCGACAGUCAUCGUAGACUUCAAAUGAUGUGGAAUUAUCAAAAGGAAGAUGAGAUUGAAGAAUACUAUAAAAGAAAGUAUGCCGAGACAACUGCAGCAGAGAAAGGUCUUUAUGAUGCUGACGGAGAUUUACCUGAUGAUAUUGCUCAACAAGCUUUUAUGCCUGGAGUUAAAGAUCCUAAUCUUUGGAUGGUUAAAUGCAGGAUUGGAGAAGAGAAAUCUACUGUUCUUCAAAUAAUGAGAAAAUUUAUCGCUUAUUCGACCACAGAGGAACCAUUGCUGAUUAAGUCAGUUAUUGCCCCAGAAGGAAUAAAGGGUUACAUCUACAUUGAAGCAUAUAAACAAACUCAUGUGAAACAAGCUAUUACUGGAAUUGGAAAUCUCAGAUUAGGCCUGUAUAAACAAACUAUGGUUCCUAUAAAUGAAAUGACCGAUGUUCUUAAAGUGACCAAAGAACAAGCUUCAAUCAAACCCGGUACUUGGGUUAGAUUGAAAAGAUCAGUUUACAAAGACGAUUUAGCCCAAGUAGACUACGUUGACCACGGUCAGGGACAAGUCCAUCUCAAACUUAUUCCUCGAAUUGACUAUACACGAAAAAGAGGUGCUCUCAAAACAACAGAGACUGACAUUGGCAAAAGGAAGCGCACAAAACGACCUGCUGCCAAACUUUUUGAUAUUGAUGCGAUCCGAUCGAUUGGUGGUGAAGUUAGUAAUGAUGGUGAUUUUGUUAUUUUUGAAGGAAACAGAUAUCGAAGAGGAUUUUUGUACAAAAGUUUUCCAUUGAACUCGCUUAUUAUAAAUGGUGUUAAACCUUCUUUAAACGAGCUUGAAAAAUUUGAAGAACAUCCUGAAGGAGUUGAAUUAAAUGAAAGUGCUGCUGAUGACGAAGAGUCUCAUGGUAUCUGCUCAGGAGAUAAUGUCGAAGUAUGUGAGGGAGAACUUGUACAUCUCCAAGGUAAAGUCGUAGCUGUCGAUGGAAGUAAAAUUACAAUGAUUCCGCAGCAUGAUGAUCUCAAAGAUCCACUCGAAUUUCAAGCUCAUGAACUAAAAAAAUAUUUCCGUGUCGGAGAUCAUGUUAAAGUUAUGGCUGGAAGAUACGAAGGUGAUACAGGAUUAGUAGUCAGAGUUUUGGAAAAUCAAAUUAUACUGUUUUCUGAUCUGUCAAUGCACGAAAUUAAAGUUUUACCUAAAGAUCUUCAAUUAAGUCCUGAUAUGGCUACCGGUGUUGACAGUCUUGGACAAUAUCAGUGGGGAGAUCUAGUUCAACUUGAUGGUCAAACUGUUGGAGUUAUUGUUCGACUAGAAAAAGAAAAUUUUCAAAUAUUAGAUAUGCACGGUAAAUUAAUACAUGUUAAGCAUCAAGCUGUAAAACAGAAGCGUGACACGCGUAAAGCUGUCUCUUUGGAUUGUGAUCAAAGUCAGAUACAAGUUAAAGACCAUGUUGAAGUUGUUGAUGGUCCACAUUCGGGUCGUAAAGGAGAAAUCAGACAUCUUUAUCGUAAUUAUGCAUUUAUACAUGAUCGUUUACUUAUGGAAAAUGGUGGUAUAUUUGUUUGUAAAACCAGGAAUAUUCAACUUUCCGGAGGUUCUCGGUCAACUUCUGUUGUCUCGACAGGUAGAGGACCAGCACCAUUCAUGUCACCCAGACUUUCAUCACCAGCACAUUCUGGUGGAGGUAAACGGCCUUUUGGAGCAACAAAAGGAGGAAGAGAUAGAUCAGAUUUGGAUUUAAUUGGUAAAACAAUCAAAAUCAUCCAAGGUCCAUACAAGGGUCAUAUUGGAAUAGUUAAAGAUGCAAUGGCAACAACAGCCAGAGUUGAGCUUCAUUCUACUUGUCAAGUUAUCAAUGUAGAUAAGUCUCGUGUUGAUGUAGUCGGAGGCACUACAGGUCAACGAACGGGAAGUGCUUCAACUUAUUCAGCAAGAACACCAAUGUAUGGCUCACAAACUCCAUCAUAUGAACUCGGAGGAAGAACUCCUGGAAGAGGUGGUCAAACACCAAUGCACGAUGGAUCAAGGACACCAAUGCAUGGUGGAAGUUCAGUUUGGGACCCGAAUACUGGAGCAACGCCUCGACCUAACUUUGACGAUGAUGCUUGGAGUGGUGAUAACUCCGGUAAUUAUAAUAACCCACCCACUCCAGGUUUUACUGGUCCAGAUACUCCUCAAGCUGGAGCAUAUACACCUCAAACUCCAGGCAUGUAUACUUCAGAUCACACAUAUUCACCAUAUCAACCGGUUCCAUCGCCAUCUGAAGCCAGUUAUCAAGAAUCAGCUCCCAGCCCUGCCAGUGGAUCUUUUAUGUCACCUAACCCAGGAGGUUAUGGGUCUGGUGGUAUGACGCCAAGUCCACAGUUUGCUGCUUAUUCACCAAUGGUUCCAUCUCCCAUGUUCAAUCCGCAAACUCCAGGAACUGGUAUGGAUCAAAUCAAUAUUGAUUGGUUAACAACAGAUAUUGUGGUUAGAAUAAAAGAAAACCCUGAUGGUGAUUUAAUUGGACAAACUGGUGAAAUUACUGGAAUCAAUGGUGGAAUGGUAUCUGUUUUCCUUAUCAGAGAGGAUCGAGUAGUCAACUGUUUCCCAUAUCAAUUAGAACCUAUUUCACCGGAGCCAAAGGAUAGGAUUAAAGUGAUCUUUGGUGAAGAAAGAGAACAAACUGGAGUUCUUUUAAGUAUUGAUGGUGUCGAUGGUGUCUGUCAAAUGGACACAGAUCAUGAUGUUAAAGUCUUACAUUUAAGAUAUUUGUGUAAAAUGAAAGCUCAAGCCUAAUUUUUCCCUUGAUUUUUUCAUCGUAGCUUUUUUAAUGCUUAAUAAUUUAAAAACAGUUUGACUACUCAUGACAGAAAUCCAUUUUAAAGACCAUUCCAUCUAAUGUAAGCUUUCAUCAAUACAUAUUGUAAAGAGACCUCAAAGCAAAAUUUUUUUUUACAUAGCAACGACUCGUUUUCCUCUGCAAAUAUAAGUAAAUAUUAAAACCGAAUUUGAUUAGUAAA